CCUAGCUAGCCGCAUGGCCGCUGGUGGUUUGGAGCCUCCCGGGCCGAAGGCGGCCUCGGAGGGGCGGGUGGUGGGCUCCGCCGGGGUCCUGCCCUGCCUGGAGCUGCCGACCUACGCUGCUGCGAGUGCGCUGGUGGGCAGCCGCUACUCCUGCCUGGUGGCCGGGCCGCACCGCCGGCACGUCGCCCUGUCGCCGCGCUACCUGCACCGGAAGCGCACGGGCAUCCGGGAGCAGCUGGACGCCGAGCUCCUGCGCUACUCGGAGAGCCUUUUAGGUGUUCCUAUUGCAUAUGAUAACAUCAAGGUUGUGGGUGAGCUGGGAGAUAUUUAUGAUGAUCAAGGACACAUUCAUCUUGACAUUGAAGCAGAUUUUGUCAUUUUCUGCCCUGGACCAGGGCAAAAACUUAUGGGUACAGUUAAUAAAGUAUCAUCUAGCCAUAUUGGCUGUUUAGUACACAGGUGUUUUAAUGCCUCUAUCCCUAAGCCUGAGCAGAUGUCUUCUGAGCAGUGGCAAACCCUGGACAUAAAUGUGGGUGAUGAACUUGAAUUUGAAGUUUUUCGUCUAGACUCAGAUGCUGCUGGAGUAUUUUGUAUUCGAGGAAAACUAAAUAUGACUAGUUUGCAAUCCAAGUGCUCUAAAGUUUCUGAAGAAAUGGCAGAAACCAGAACUGAGGAAACUAUUGAAAAAAUUUCAAAGAAGAAAAAGAAAAAGAAGAAAGAUCGGGAAAUACAUGAAACAGAUGGUACCACCUCAGAGCUAGCAGAUUCUGCACAUUCCACUGUGAAGGAAGAGGCAGAAGACAUACAGAUUAGUCGUAAUAUAGAGAGCCUCCAGGAGGAAGAGCCAAAGAUGAAGAAAAAGAAGAAGAAAAAGUACCAAGAAGAUCAGGACCCUGUCUUCCACGGCAGUGACUCCAGUGGUUACCAAAGUGACCAUAAAAAGAAAAAGAAAAAAAGGAAACAGUGAGGAGGCUGAACUCACCCCAGACCAGAGAAGAAGAGAAAAAGCACUAGUCUAUAGUGCAUCUUAAAUAUUAUUCAGUUGUUAAAAUAUUUACACUGGGUAAAUACAUGUUUCGAAUUAUACAAAAUUCUAUGUAACAGUAAUUUACUAAAUAGGGUUUUGUACUAAAAUUAUAAACCUGACUGUAAAUUAUUUUUUGUAAAAUAAAUAUUAUUAAAAAUGCCAUUUUAAUGCAUACUGUAUAAAAUUGUAAUACUUGAUGCCUUGCAUUCUUUCAGAUGUUACGCUGUGUAUGAAAUUAUCUCUAUGCCCUCAAGACUUGCAAAAAAGGAAGGGAGUGGAGUUUUUCUCAAAUGAUAGAGCACUUGCUAUCACUCAUUAGGCCUUGAAUCUAAGCCCCAGAACUG